UACUGUUAGUGCAAGAAUAUUGUUAUCGGGUCCUUCAGGUACUCUUCUUGGAAAUUUGUGGGUGUUAAGUGGAGGUUAGUUUUAUCUACAAAUGUUGUUACCAUAUGCUGUCAUUUCUCUUUUGGGUUCAGACAUAUAUCAGGAGACAUUGGCAAAAGCACUUGCCAACUUUUUUGGUUCCAAAUUGCUUAUAGUAGAUGCAAACUCAUUACCGAAUAGGCUGUUGGCAAAGGAUUCAGAUGUUAACAAGGAUGGUGUAAGAGUUGAGAAGUUAUCCGGUUUUGUUAAACAUCGUUCUUCACAUUCAGAUGCUGUGCAGCAGAAGAAGCCAACUUCUAGUGUUGAAGCAGAUAUUGUUUGCUCUUCUGCCAUUAACUCGAAAUCCCCACCGAAACAGGAGGCUUCAACUGCAUCAUCCAAAACCUAGUCCAGCUCAGUUGGCUAGCCCCAACGACUCCUUUUGGAGCAAUCGGACCUAGUCCAACUGCUAGUUCUCUUCUAUCUUCUAUUUUUUCUUUUUUUAUUCCUUAGUUCUUCGUUGUGUAUGUACUGCUCUUGUUUUUGCCAUUGUGAGGAAGUCAUUUUCUGCAGCUUUUGGUAGGACUCAAUAAUAUUUUUCAUUCUCUA